AUGGAGCGAAUACUACAACAAAAACUGAUUGAAAGAGACGCUAUUGAGAAGAACUUCUCUGAAUUGUUCGAAACGGCAUCUGCAUUGCAAGAAAACGGUGAAUUUCAACAAGAGUUGCCGGAUCCACUCACAGAUAUGCGAAAAGAGCUUGCAAGUCGGGAAAGAAAUAUCGCCGACCUCGUGGCUACCUUAAAAUUGAAAAACAAGGACUCAGAACGGCUGAAUGACGAGAUCAUUACACUGAACAUCGAAAACAAUUUGCUGCAGGAACGGUACGAGAAAGUGAGACAAGAGCGGGACGACAUUGUUGCAAGAUGGUUGAAAAAGGCUCAGCUAGAGGCUGACACCAUGAACGAGACCCUAGACUGA